AUGAUAAUAAAGGGAUACUUAAAGCAUAAGUACAGGAAAAUCCAUUUCUUUUAUGAUGUCCGAAAAAAUAAUAGAAGUUACAAAUUCAGCACUGCUAAGUCCUGUGAGACAAAAAGGAAUAGUAAAAAUAAAAACGAUAUUAAAAACAUUAAAAAUGAGACAGAUUUUAAUAAUUUUUAUUUUCUAUACAAUAAGGAAAAUGUAGCUGACUUGCUUCAUGAUUACUAUGAAUUACAAACUUGUAGUAUCCUAAGGAAAAAAUCUUCUCGUGAGGAGGUGAUAGAGUGCUGCAAAAUUUUCAGAUAUGUGACGAAUAUCGCUCCUAUAUUACACUUCUUGAAUUCGAAAAAUACUUCUGUUCAUGGUGGUACAAAUAAGAGAAGUUGUCGAGAAGGUCUAAACAGUAGCAACAAGAGAAGAAAUGAUAUAGGAAGUGCAAAUAACAUUGAGGUGGAUAAUACAGAUAACCAUGAAAGGUAUAAGAAUAAUAAUGCUAGUACUGGUACCCGUGUGCAGAACCUGAACAGUCCAAACAACAUCUAUUACAUUCACAAUAUCGAAAAGGUUAAGAUAAAAAGAGAAGAACUCAUACGAGAGUGCAAAAAUAACCCAUGCAUGAACUUGUUCCUGAAUAGCAAUAUGCACAAAUUUGUUUAUAAAGUGAAAAAGUGCGACAUAUGGAAUUACAAAGAAAAGGUGAUUAAUAAAGAGUACAUAAAUUACUCUAAAUUAUUAUUCCCUCUGACUUACAUGAAUGUAAGAAGAGCAAAUAUUGUUUCUGAACCUGAGUAUUAUUACAUGGAUUCAAAUAUCUUUUUCAAUUAUGUACAUAAAAAUAAUAAGAAGACAUUUGUAGAUAUAUUGAAAAAAGUGAACUAUAAGUUUCUAAAUGGACAAGAAAUUAAGAAUGUAUUACUCUUAUUGACGGUUUUACAUCACAAUAAUAUUUCCUUAUCGACAGAUAAAAGUAAUGUCGUGAAAUGUGCACACAGUACAGAGAUUAUAUAUAAGAAUGAGGAAUAUAUGAAUAAAAAAAUAUUUCAAGAUAUUUUUUCCACUAUGUAUAAAUGCAUUAAUUCAAAGAUUAACUCGAUUUCCUUUCUCUACCUUUAUGAUUAUCUUGUACUAAUGUGCAUUAAUGAAGUCAAAAAUAAAGAUGCUUAUGUGAAUAUUGUGAAUAAGUUAUCUCAUUACAUGAACUUGAUUAACAAAAUUAGCAAUAACCUUAACAGGUCAUGUGAAACGGAAGAAAUGACCCUUGGAGAUGCUUCGUACGAAAUACCUGGUACAUCUGCCAUCGUGCAGGGGGAAGAAGGUAAAAUAAGUUGUGAUUCAAUCCGGCAUGGUGAUUCAAUCCGGCAUGGUGAUUCAAUACAGCGUGGUGAUACAUUACAGCGUGGUGAUACAUUACAGCGUGGUGAUACAUUACAACAUGGUGAUGCAAUCCUGCAUGGUGAUGCAAUCCUGCAUGGUGAUACAAUCCUGCAUGGUGAUACAAUCCAACUGUGUGAUGGAAGUGGAGGAGGCGGUAGAGGUGGCGAUGGAAAAUCGAGUUUCCAUUUCAGCGAUUACCCACUUGGUCUGAGAGGAGAAGAGAAGGACGGAGAAAUGAGAGGCCAGGAAAAGCAAAUUACGAGCAACAGAUUAAACACCCGCAGUGGCAUUCAGGUAGAAGGAAAAGAAGAAGAACAAGAACAAGAACAACAACAACAACAACUGAACGAAGAUUGGAAACCUAUGUGGGCAGAAAAUGAAAGCAAUAAUUUUUACUUGAGGAAAGAUCACUAUGAGUACAUAAAGAAUAACCUAUGGAGGAUAAAAAAUAUUGUAAUACAUAAGAUACUACUAGUAUAUAUAAUGAAAUAUGUAUUUAGUCACAUAGAUAACAAUAUUUUAUACGCUCACUCAGAUUUGAUCUGUGAAAAUUUGGAAUUAAUACCCCAUUAUUUGAUAACUAAUUUUAUAUUCACCAUCGGGACAUGUAAGUAUGUUGAUGAAUUCUGCAUGUUCAUGCUUGCAAAACAUGUUCAGAAUUAUAUUCAUGUCUACACUCCAAAUGAAAUUACAAUAAUUGUAAAUACAUAUGCUGACGCAUCUUUAGAAGAUGUUAGUUUCUAUGAAACGAUAUGUGAUCAUAUGAAAUCGAAUUUUGAGAAAUUUUCUUCCAUCGACAUUAUUAAAAUAGUUCAUGCGUUUUCAAAAGUACGGGUGCGCGAUAUUGAACUUUUAAAAAUGUCUUAUAAAAAAAUAAAUAAUUAUAUAGAAGAAAGGGAAAAUAAAUACGAUGCAACGUUUAUUCAAUCAAAAGGUCUAGACAUACAUGGAGGAAAGAAAAAGCAGAAUAUAAAAAAUAAAUAUCAAAACAGUGAUAAUACAGACAUGCCAAAUGUGUCAACCAAGUGUACUAGUGAUUUCUAUAAGCUUCGCAUGUCAAAUGAUAACAAUACAUUUGUACUAAUGCAAGAUAAAUGGAAAACAAAAAAGAAUAAAUAUAUUAUUAACAAGUAUUUAUGUGCAUAUGCUUUAAUUGCAGCUGGGAAAUUAGAUUAUGUGGAUGAAUUAAAUAAGCUAUUUAUACACUUAAAAAAUAGUAUACAAAAUGAAGGUAUUGAUAUAAGAGGAGUAUUAUGGAUGCCUAUGGCAAUCACCAGCUUGUUAUGUUCAGAAUGCAUAUUUCAUUUUUUACCCAUUUAUGUAAAUUUAAUUUAUAAUGCUUUCAAAAAAACACAAUCUCCUAAAUUACUAUCCCUAUUAAUACGGAGACACAGCAUUUUACUUCACACAAUCGAAACAGACAUUAUUCCAAAAAAAUAUAUCAGUAAAAAAACCUUAAACAAUUUGUUCUAUAUUUGUAAAACGAAAAAAGAUAACUCAAAGGAAAAGAUAUUUGUUCCUGAUAGCUCCACCUUUCAUAUUGAAGUAUCCAACUCGUUGUUAUCACUAGACAUUCCACACAAAAAGGAGGUCAAUAUUUACCCUUUCACAAUUGACAUUUUUAUUAACAGGUCAGGCGAUUGCACGCAAAACGGUAUGCACACAAAUUUGCAAAACAAAACAAAAAGCAACGAACACAAAAUGGAGGACCCAUCCUGGCGUAAGAAGAACCCUACUCUCGAUACAAUGGAAAGUCAAAAGAAAAUAUGUAUGUAUGACGAGGAUACAAGCUUUGAACAUACAUUUGAAACGAAGCAGGUUAAGAAGAAGUCCAAGAACAAGAACGAGGUGUACACAUACGUGCCGUUUUCAUAA